AGUUGGAACCCACUUCCUGACUACGACUGAUUGACCAAAAAACCAGUUAACAAUCCAAAAAGAGAUUCAUUUUAGAGUUCAAAAGUUAAGAUGAAAAUCACUGUAAAGAUAUUGGCCAUAUUCCUGACGCUCUUGGUAUUCGCAAAUUCGCAGCUGAUGGAUAAAAUGAAUAGAGCAAUUGUUGUAGAAUCUAGUGCUGAAAAAAUGAAUAGAGCAAUCGAGGCAGCCAAUGAAGAUAGAAAACUUUUGUACAGCCAGAUGGCUCCCGAUUUGAUCGACAUUCCUUAUCCAGGAGUAGAAAACUAUACGCACUACGCGGCGGCUCGUUUAGGGCUCUUGCUUGUAAAUGCUAGGCCGUUGAUGUCUGAACUCGGCCCGGUAAUAAACGACGUCACAUCUUUCAAAUACCCCAUCGCCACUAAGCAAUGCGGGAACAUCAAUUCGAGCGUGAGAAGCGUUUUCAUUGCUGUGAUUUCUGCCACCGGCAAUUUCGAAAAACGAAGCAAAAUUCGGGAAACUUGGAAAAAUCACAUCGAUUUGGUCCUACAAAAAGGUCUGCUCGGCAAGAUUCAUUUCGGUUUCAUUUUAGGACAGCCAGAAAACGCCAAUGAACUCCAAGGAAAAUCCAAGGAUAUCCAAGAAAAAAUACAAGAUGAAAACGAUAAUUUUGGAGAUAUCAUUCAGAUAGAAAUGUUGGAUUUUUAUCGAAAUUUACCGUUGAAGAUGGCAGGACUACUCAAUUGGGUUAUUACCAACUGCCGUCAAGUUGAUUUCGUGCUCAAAAUCGACGACGACAUGUACCUCAACGUACACGUUCUAGCCCAUUUCGUCAAAACCUACUACGAGUCGGGGAAAAUGACGAUUUUCGGCCAGAGUGAUCGUGUCGAUAGCAAAUCCAACAACUGGGGUCCACAGCGAAGUGCCUCGCAAUGGAAAAUCUCGCUGGACGAGUGGCCCUGGAAUACCUAUCCCAAUUACGUAAACGGCCCCGUCUAUUUGAUGCACAAAACAGCGAUCGUUCCGCUUUUGGCCGCCAUUCAAACGACGCCCAUUAUGCCUUUCGAGAACAUCUAUCUGACUGGAAUCUGUUCAGAGAAAGCCGGAGUCAGAACGCAAUAUUCCUCUGGACCCAACAGCAUUGUGAAAGGAUCGGCUUUUUCUAGCAAUUGCGACGCGGACAAAUAUCUGACAUGGAACAGCUUCACUGGUGGGAUGCCGCACAGCGAUAUCGACAGCUUUUAUCGCAGUAGUUUCAGCUGGUAUUCAGUCUAUUCAUGGUGGCGUUGCACACCGAAAGAAUCUGUCCAGUUCAACUUUAGAAACGACAUGUCGGCGAUUUAGAUGGAGGCGUGAAAUACGCUGGUCCAAUAACAACAUUUUCCCUUUUUAAUUCGACAAGUCCUAGCUAUAAGAAUAAGAUUGGCUGCAAUAAACGAUUGGAUACCUUUAUUUUCCCUUGCUAUUUCAAGAAGACGAUUUGAAAAAGUUAUUUUCACAAUUUCUAGAGGAAACGAGAAGAAAAUAAAAUUGAUCAACCACAAA